AUGGCUACAUGGCCUCGAAAGCCCACACUACAACGAGUCGCACCGGAGGUUCCAAAAGCACGUGCGCGAGUACGUAGACAGGCACCUGCUCCCGCACGCGCUGGAGUGGGAGGCGGCAGGCGAGGCGCCCCGGGAGGUCCGAGAGAGGUUCGCGGGCUCGGGGCUGGCGUUUCUGGACGUGCCGCUCGAGUACCGGCCGCGCGACCAGCAGACAGUGGCGGGGAUCCCGACCAGCAGCUGGACGCCUUCCACGAGCUGAUCCUCAUGGACGAGAUGGCGCGGCUGCCCAGCGGCGUGGCCAUCGCGCUGGCCGGCGCCUCCAACAAGCGCCGCUGGCUGCCGGGCCUGUUUUCCUGGCAGACGAGCUUCUGCCUGGCCAUUACGGAGCCCACGGCCGGGUCUGACGUCGGCGCCAUUCGCACCUCGGCGGUGCUGAGCGCGGACGGGUCAGAGUACGUCGUCAACGGGUUGAAGAAGUGGGUCACGGGCGCGCCCUGGGCCACGCACAUGACGACGGCGGUGCGCACAAGCAGCAGCAGCAGCAGCAGCAGCGGAAACAAAACAUCGCGGCCGCCGUCGCGGUCCGAUAUCUCACUCCUCGUCAUCCCGCUCGACUCGCGCGGCGUCUCGAUCCGCAAGAUCCACAACACUGGCCACAACGCAGGCGGGUCGUCGUGGGUGGAGCUGCGGGAGGAGCGGUUCAUCCUGACGGUGGACUGCAACCGGCAGGCGCGGGAGUGCCUGGCCGAGGCGCUGCGGCACGCGCACGAGCGCGAGACGUUUGGGCGGCCGCUGGCGUCGCACCAGAUCAUCCGCGCCAAGCUGGCGGCGCUGGCCCGCGACGUCGAGGCCCACUGGGCCUGGCUCGAGCAGCUCGCCCACCACGUCAAGCGCCGCGGCUGGCAGGCCCGCGACCUGGCCGGCCCCGUCGCCCUCGCCAAGAUCCAGGGCGGCCGCGUCGUCGAGCGCGCCGUCCGCGAGUCGCAGCAGGUCCACGGCGGCAUGGCCUACGAGCGCGGCAAGACCAUCACGGAGCAGAUCUCGCGCGACCUCAGGCUCAAGGUCAUUGGCGGCGGGAGCGAGGAGAUCCUGACCGAUCUGGCCUGGCGGGAAGAGCACAAGGUUGCCAAGGAGCGCGAGGCUAAAUUGUAG